CCCACAAAAGAAGCUCCGGCAGCAGGGUGCAACGCGGGGCCCACCCCCACCAACAAACUAGUUUACUAGUCCACCGCGCCUUCCUCCUCCUCCGUCGGUAGUCUCCAGUUGGUCAGCCAGCCUCCCGCUCCUUACUCCGCCUCCUCGACGUCCUCGCCGCUUCCCCGGCUACCCCUCCGCGUCCGGCACCAGCGGUGAGCAGAGGAGGAGGUUCUUGGCAGCGGCCGCGGGCCAUGGAGAAGAGGAAGCGGGUGCUGGAGCUGCGGGACCGGCUGGACCGGACGCUGGCGCUGCCCGACCUCGCGGAGGAGAGCUCGCUCAGGGCGCUGGUGAAGAAGCAGAUGCAGGCGUCGUCCCUGACCGGCUCCGAUGAAGGCGAUAUCGACCUCAUUGCUGAAACGCGGGCCAAGGAAGUCUCGGAGUUUCUUCAAAUGCUUAACACUUCGAGCGACGGGCGAUCUUCGAAGGUUCAUGAGGCGCCACAGAAGGAGUGGAAGGUGAAGCAAGAUACAGACCAAUUAAGAGUCAUGUACCGCGAGGGACCAGAGGGGACCCCAUUUCACACCCUUCUUCUUGAAGGCUUUGCUGAUGGACCUAUUGAUGUUUGUACAUGUGUGUCAUGGGAAUCGGCUCUAUACAAAAAAUGGUUUCCACAAUACAACCUGCCAACUUUUAGAAUUGAUCAGUCAGGCUGCUUGAAAAAGGUUCGCAUUGGUGAAGAAAUUUGUUUGGUCAGGGUGAAGGUUCCAUGGCCGGUUUCUGAAAGAGAGGCUCUUCUACACUACUUUGAAUUGGAGUAUCUUAAAGAAGACCUUGUCAUUGUAAUCAUGAAAACUAUAUCAGAUUUGGAUACUAUAAAUAUACGGACACAUGGAUUUAGUAGGGAUGGAAUUCCUGAAGCUGGUGACACAGUUCGGAUAGAUGUAUUUGGAGGCUUUGUCUUGCAAAGGAUUACAAAAGAAAGAAGCUUUUUUAGGGCAAUAGCUAAUAUGGAUAUUAAGCUAGACUUUGUUCCACCAUGGUUCAUCAACUUCAUAUCAAGGCAGCUAAUCGGCAGUGGGCAUAAGCUGUACCAGAAGGCAGUCAGUACUGUGGCAACUUGUGAUGAGGACUACAAGAGAGCUUUGAGAGGACCACUCUAUGUUAGGAUCCGCGAAUACCAGGAUUCCGAUGACAAGGUGAAGGUGACCACAAAAGAGGAAAAUGCUACUGAGGUGCUCCCUGAUAAUCCCAUUGUACAGAAUCGUUUGGCAGUAACAAAUACCACGUCGAAUAGUGAGAUUGUGGAGGAGGAGAGCGAACAGAACACAUCCUUGAAGAUGGAUAUUCUUCCAACUAGCCCUUCUUACCAACCAGCCGAGCGAGCACAACAGGUCGAAAAUAAACCUUUUAUCAGUCCUGAGGUAGAGCAUGCAUUGGGCAUAUUGGACACCGCUAUUGCAGUUAUCAGAGGUGAUAAGACCACGAACAUCACCACGCUACAAAAUUUGCUCAGUAACGAUGCGGCUUCGAAAGGAAGUACUGUCAGUUCGAGAAGUUCACGAGCUAACAUUCGUAAUGCAGACAAUCUUCUGAACGGCGGUCCUGCUACCACACAACCACAGGACUCCAGAGAGAUCCGACAAGCAUAUUCACUGCCCAGUGAGAAAGUUAGCGAUAGGGCAGAAGACGCCAUCGACAAAGGUUCUCUGAAGAAUUCGACAGCUUCUACCGUAACAAGGACGAUGUCAAUGACAUUGAGAAGCGCAAUAAGGGUGCACGGCGAAGAGAGCCUUGACACAAACGGCUUCCAUCAGAACGGUUUAGGCAACAACAGAGAGUCAAAGCAAGCAAGGAAGACUAAAAGGUGGCCCUGCUGCUUAACCCCUGCCACGAUAGGAUGAUGAGAACCCAUCUUAGGAGCCUUUCAAACUAAAUUCUUGAUUUUUGGGUGUACACGGCAAGUAGUAAAUUAUAUAGAAAUAUGGUGGUUCAUCAAGUACACAUGGGUGUCAACCAGGAAGCAGGUUCUGGCUGUCAUAGCUAGUAGAUAGUAUAUAUCUUUGAUAAAUGUAAAGUAGGAGUAUUGUUGUAACAAUAUGCAAUUGUUUUCAAUUUUGGGGUUCUAGUAAUUAAGUACAUACACUAUUUACAUACACGAUCAGCUUAUAGUAGCUGUCAAUAAGAGAGCGAAUAGCACGGACAUUCAGUGAAAUUUCCAGAGAUGGUGUUAUUAUUUCCCAA